UAAGUUCUUUUUUUUUUUCCUCUGAAAAUACUACUAAUUAGACAGGAAUAGUUUUCCAUUGUGGAUAGCUGUUGAAGUUCGUUUCCAGGGUGUGACAGGAGAGAUUUCCUGGUUACCUGCUCUAAAAAGAUUUGGACCUGCUGAGCUUCACGUUUGAUCGUAAAUAGGAUAUUAAAUUCGAAAAUUGAUUCUUUCAUAGUGAUAAAAUGGUGGUGUUACGAUCGUCUGAGUCUAUUUGGAGAACAAAAUGCAAUAAUGUGUCUGACCACAGAGGACACAAUCUGCGAUCGUCCAUAGUCAGAUAUUUCAUCCAUGCUAUAUGUCUUGUACUGUAGCAUAUUUGACAAUAAAAGUUACCUUAGUCCAUACUGAAGGUAUAUAUAUAUAUAUAUAUAUAUAUAUAUAUAUAUAUAUAUAUACAUACACCUUCAGUCCAUUAUUCUCCCACAGGGGUUGUACAUUCACAUGACCUGCUCUAUAUGCCAUCAUCCUCAUCAUUGUCGUCAUUCAUUUCAUGCUAGUUACACAUUACACAUUAUCACUCCGGAUUUAACCAAUUUAAAAUAGAAAGUGUACACACCCUGUCUCAAUACUUUUUUUUAUAGUUUUAUUUUAUUUUAUUUUUUAUCACAGCUUCCAAAGAUUUUUUGUAAUUGUUCAGAAGCUUCUUGUAAGUAGUAGUUGCAAAUGUUUACAGAUCUUUGAGAUUGGAAGGUUUCUGUGCUGUCACCAGUUUCUUGUAGGUUCUCGAUGGGGUUUAAAUCAGGACUUCUGGCCACUUCAUAGCAUUAAUAUCAUUGUCCUGGAACCGUUUCUUCACCACCUUGGCUGCAUGCUUUGGAUCAUUGCCUAGACUCAGGUUCUCUGCUGCCUGCUUGAGGUUUUCUUCAAGAAUCUUGACAUAUUGCUCUUUCCUCAUGAUUCCUUCCACUUUAACCAAAUUGCCAGGCCCGUGUGCAGAAAAGCAGCCCACCAGCAUUAAGCUUUUAUUUUUAUUUAUUCUUCACACUCUCCAGGCAUGUUUACCCUGGCUGACAUUUUCUUCUAAAACAUAACUAGUUUCAUCUUCUAGGAAUCAGCAGGAUGUCCAUCACCAUGUCCAAGGCAGAGGGAGUCACAGUGGUCACUGUGGCAGCCAACCCAAACAGCAGUUUACCCCCAAUCUGCCAAAUUCUGAAGAACCUGUGCUACAGCCCUGUGUGCUGUUCUGUGUCUGAGAGCAUGAGGAGACUCCAGGGAGGUUGUCAGUACGCACUGGGGGCUUUGCAGAUCUUGGUUGGUUUGCUGUGCAUUGGUCUCGGGGUUAUCUUGAUGCGCACUUGUGAUUCCUUGUGGGAAAUACGAAGAAUUGGAUUUCCAUAUUGGCUCGGAGGACUGUUCAUUCUGUUUGGAGUAGUUUGCAUUCUGUCAGAGAGAUUCCCAAGCCCUUGCCUGAUCAUCAUCAACCAGAUUCUGAAUCUGUGUGGAGUUGCUUCUGCGAUUGCAGGAAUAGCCAUCUACAGCACCUCCUUAGCAAGGUUUAGGUUUUGGUUAUGCAAUGAUUAUUAUUGGUCAACAGAUGUACGACUCUCUGCUCAACCGCGAAUCGACAGACUGAGGGCGGAGUGCCUUGAGGCAAAGUCUCUACUUAUUAUGGCUGUACAGGGCAUCAUGUCUUUGCUGAUCAUCCUGUCGGCUCUUCAGAUGUGUCUGUGCAUCAGUUCGUCUGUGCUGGGCAUCAAGGCUCUGAAGAAAAGAAAGGAUUCGGAGGAGAAGUGCACCUGUGAUCCAGAGAGUGACAAUCUGCUUUUGCAGAACGAUGACAACUCCAUGGCCUAAUUUCUAAACAAAACAAAAAAAUAUUUUCAAUUCACUGUUUUAAUCAUUCUAAUCUAAUGUAAUCUAUUAUAUCUAGUGUCGGUCAAUAACCAGGUUUGGGCACGUUGCUUUACAUUUGUAACUACUGACGGUUUGUAUUUACUUUCAAUGUAAGUAAAGAAAGCACGAUUUGUUUGUUUCUCUGAAUCCUGUUAUUAAUGUGGGAGGCUGCCGGUGCCAGUCCUCUGGCUUGCUUGCAAGCAAAUCCUACUCUGCCACAAGAGGAAUGCGCCACCUAGCUACCUGAACGUGUAAUGGUAGUGUGAGUGCAAGAGAGUGAUGGAAAUAUAACAUGGAGUAUGUUGAAACUUUUAAUAUGCAUGUUAAUUGUAGUUUUAAACAAGGUAGAAAGUCUACACUCUCUGAGUUCUUUCUUCAGAUUCCUGGAAUAUAUUUAAAUUAAAUGUUAAAAUUUCUGAAUAAAAUGAAACAUCCAGGAGAUUCAGUGUGUUUUUUUGUGUUGGAAGAAUUCUGCAUGUCUAGUAUCUUAG